AUGAUCCCACCACCUCCACCACCGAGAAACCAGAGCGCUGGUUCAUCAGCACCAAUAUCUCGACGUGAUGUGCCCCGGUCUAGCUACGCUUCGGUACCUUCACCUCCAGAAAUUCCAUCAAAUCCACAGGAACGGGAACCAUAUGGCCAGGUCAAUUCGACGUCACACAAUGUCUCACAGCGACGAGCAAAUAGUAACUCGGCGACAUUAGACAGCGCACCCACAUAUGGAUAUGGGGCAGCUUCUUCAAGCUCGUAUGUCAUGCCGCCGACCAGCUAUGCCAAACCACAACCCCCAGUAACCAAAAGGUCGUCUAUCGCCGCCGAUAAACCUUUGCUGUAUCGACAUAACUCGCAAUCCUUGACGGCACUGUGCACCACGUUUGCCUCCCUGCUGUGGUGGCACGAGUCUGCGAUUAUAAUACAAAUAUUUGCGUUCGUUGGGCUUAUUCUUUAUGGCAUGGACUUGUGCAAUGCUCGUGAUUCACUCGCUGUGUCAGUUUGGAUUGCAGCAUUUGUAUUGACAAUGGCGAGCGGAAUUGGAUCAUUGCUUUUAGUUGAUGACGCAGAUGCAGUUGGAGUGAACAUGCUCCUCUAUUUGCUACAGCUCCUAGUUGAGGGCGUGCUGUUCUUUUCAAUGGCUUGCUGGAUUACCCUACAGUUUCAAUGGCUGCAUAUCGAUAUGCCAGAUAUGGCAAUGAAUAUGGAACGGUCCCUUCAUUCACUUAUCCCGCCGAUGGCUGCUGCAAUUCUCACCUGCCAUUCGCUUCGGUUGCUGCUUGAUUCAUGGGGAAUUGACAAAGUUGCGAUUUUUGCACCUCACCUUUUCGCCGUGUUGAUGGCAUUGGGAAUGUUAGCCCUAGGAUGUCGGAGAUCGUCCUACGAUGUUACUCCCAGCAACCCAAACCCGCGCUAUGCAAUCAGUUCAUCCAUUGCAAGAAUUCACUCCGUGUUGCUUCUUCUGAUGCCGGGAACAAUGCAUGUUCUCAAUUUUCGUCGUCGAAUCUUCAGUCAAUAUGCAUCUCUUGACACGGCUUUUGACCUUAUUCUUGUUUGGAUUGUUCCUUACCUGCUGCAUUGCUGCAUCUUGAUUUUUGUCGAGCAGUCGCCGUACGAAAUGCGAAACCAGAUUUUCCCGAAUAGAGGACAGAAAACGUUGCAAGGGACUGCCGUUCCAGUCGGUGCAUCUAUUCUUGCGUCACUAGCGAUGCAACAACGCUACUUACUCCCUCUUUGUCAUGCGAUAUCCUACCGUUUUCAUGGACACAGCUCAGCGUCAACAUGGGUGUUGUCGACUUAUUUGACCGUUUCGACAAUUUGUGCUUUAUUUGCCAUGUGGACCUGGGGACGGCAGUCAACCGUGACGAAUGAACCAUUGUUUGGAGAAUACCACGAGGAUGUGGUUCAACUCAGUAUCUGUGCAUGCGGGCUUCUAGCCGGAAAGGCUUUUGGCAUGCCCUGGAAUUUGACGCCACUGCCAACUCUAGCAUUUCUGGGACUCAGCAUUUGGUUCUCUACGAAGAUGCUGCGAUAUCUUUGCAUAUUCCUCUUCGUGAUAUAUGCCACAGGAGUAGUCCUCUUCACAUAUCGGUUUGCUUCCAUAGACUUGACAGUCCCCCUUGUGGUUCCUGGUGUGGAACUUGGGCUGGUUCGGUUUGGAGAACUGGAAGUUUUUGCUUCUUUGUUCAUUGGGUUGGUCGUUGGAUUUGCUGUCCGACCUACAGGAGGAGUGGGAGCUGAUAUUCUGAAAUACAUUGAUGUUCCAGGAAUUUGCUUCAUAGUUUAUGUCCUACUUCUCGACGCACUGGAAUUGACCUUGCUUAAAAGGCCCGCCCCACUUGACUAUGUUGGGCAAGAGUUUAUGGAAGGAACAGAUGGAAACGGAUAUCUUUACGACCACACGGCAGUUUUUUUUACCAGUAUUGUGGCUGCGGGGGUUUCAUCUCUUCUCAGACGGACAACUGUGAUCAGCAAAAAAUCUUCGGUCAUUGUUGUGUCCAUCGCAAUCGGUAAAGCAGUGGCUGCAUUUAUUGAUAUGAACGAACAAGACAGCAAGGUUAGGAAUGACCCACAGCAAAAGCAAUUGGCACACAGAGCGUUCUACCGAUCUAUAUGCGCAUCCAUCCUAUGUAUUGUAAUGCUUGGUCCGAGAGCUUUCCUCAGUCGAAUAUACAUCAAGAGUAGCUCUCGGUACAAGAGAUCAAUUUCCGAUGGCCGUCAACUCGGCUCUGUUCCAAAACGGGCAUUCCAAUUUGUGGUCGUAUAUUCACUUGUGGUUCUUCCGUUUGCUCUGGUAUCCUCGGUGCCCAUGGUUUUGACGCCUGUAACGAUGGUUGUUUCGAGUCACUAUGAAGGUGGGGCAUAUUACGCCAUGGCACCACCUGUAUCUGAGAUGUUUGGAUUCGCCGUCGCUUUGUGGGGAAUGGCCUGCUUUUCAACAUUGAACCAUUAUUUCCCCGAAGGUGGUUGUGAGACUUGGAAGAAGGUUGCUGCACUAGCAAUUCUUAUGGGGGCUGGGAUUGCAGCUUCUGCGCCUUCUGUUCCCGAAUGGUUGGGAGGGGAUAGUGGAUUUGGCGUUUCAAAUCCCUACGCAUCCAUAUCAAGCUUGGGCAGCCGUAUUGUAAAGCAACGAAGGAGUCGCACAGGUGGAUGGGGGAUUCUGCUUGCUUCGCUUGCAACCCUACUUGCAAUUACGGGGCCACUGGAACUUCGUGAGCGGAGACAUCCCUCCGGACGAAAAGACAAGAAGCUUCUAUUUCGGAUGAUGGUUUUCAGCAUCAUGUUUGGCUCUGGAGUUUCAUGGUUUAUUACCGUCCAAUGCAUGGGCCAGGCACGUCCGUUUAGUAUGAUAAUUACCGGCGUCUGCUCCAUGGUUGUUGCAUUCUUUGGAACAGUUACUUGCGUACUUGGUUAUUUUCUGGAAUUGGAAGGGUUUGACGAAGUUGAACAAAUGAUCACUAUCAGCUUUGGAUCUUUUUUUAUUUUUGGUACCGUUGCUGGUGUUCCGUCUUUUGUUCUCUCGUCUUUUGCAGGUCAUCCAUUCGGCUCGGAUGGUUGGCUGUUUGCCUACCUAUCCGUGAGUUGCGUUGUUGCGCUUGCCCUAUCAGUAAUGCUGAGGAUGCGACAAACGAAGGAUCAAAACUCAAGGGGACUUGGAAACCUGAGCUGUAUCUUUGCAUAUAUCUUGGCCACCAUAUUGAUCUAUGGGCGAUUUGGAGUGGCUGGAGUAGACCAUGUCUUAGACGUACGAGCUUUAUACGGAAUUCCAGCGCCAGUCUUGGGGACUUUCUUCAUCUCUCCCAUCAUGCUGUUGUUGGAGGGUGAAACAUGUAAUGAACGAAGAAGUCGGGUGUCCAGAAUAUCACGCAACACCGCAAAGCCUGCGAACAAGGCUAUCGGAAUCAACUUUCCAAACCUCACUCGAUCAAACCAGUUUGUACCUCCUCUGGUGGCCUCGAUUUUAGUAUUUCUUGCAGCUUCUCUCUACACAAUAUUCUUUCGUGGGGUUUUCUCGUUGGGAGGGGCCGAAAAGAGCAGCGAAGAAACGUUGGCUACAGCAGGUACUCUGAUCUCCAUGGCGCAAAGGACAAUAUCGCACAAUAAGGCAAUGGCCUUCGCCUCAAGACUUGGCAACGCAAGUCUCUGGACCGCGACUACUAUGACAGGUCCAAUCAUCCACAUUUUUGGUCUAGUUGCGACGAUGCCCAGUCUGUACCUCCUUGUAUCCGGAAUGUGGUAUAAACGCAACGUACCAAAAGCGCAAGUUUCGCUCUUUUUGCCAUUCAAUCUUAUACCUGUAUUUUUCUGCACCGGGACACCCACGUUGAGAGCUGUUGGCAUAAUUUGUAUGGUUGGUGGUAUUUUGCAGAUCACCGAGCUGAGUAAACAAGGGCAUCGGUCCCAGAUGAGAAUGUAG